AUGGAAAAUACAUCGGUUACUUUCAACUUCGGAAGCAACGAUUACUCGCUAAACACCACGUCUGGCAGCAUGUCCCCCGUUAUGGACAUCGGUUCGAUAGUUCGAAUGAUCUGCUACAUUCUCUUGAGCCUAACCAUCGUAGCCAGCAAUGCCUUAAUCAUAGCCACCUACUGGUCGGUCAAAGAGAUCCGCAAGGAUAUUGCAAACACUUUUAUCGUCAAUAUAUCAUACGCAGAUUUGAUGGUAGGACUCAUCAAUAUCCCCUUCUUGGGGAUAACGGACUUCUUCCAACGCUGGCUUUUUGGAGAGAUCAUCUGCAAGAUUCGUGUUGCCUGGGCUUACGUCAACACCUUUGUACCUGUACUGGUGGUGGUCCUCCUGGUAGCUUUUCAUCGGCUGCGGAUGUCCAGGAACCAUACUUACAGGAACGCUGUCAAACAGGUUCACGUCACUAUCAUCAUGGCCGCCUGUUGGUUCCUCGAAGCCUGCUUUGACCUGUUCGUGGCCUUUGGAUUUCCUAUAAUCACCAAGAAAAGUGUUCUGAAUUACGACUUUCAGUGCGACAUGGAAUUUCCUUACACUAGUCUUAGUUUCACAGUUUUUUUCGUCGUUCUCAAAUUUCUGAUUCCUUUGGUGAUCUACAUGGUUCUCUGUGUUAAUUUGUUUCUGUCAAUCCGAAAGGUAUCAAAUCGGAUAAAUGAUUCUAGUCGAGCAGUUGCUGAUACGACAAGAACCAUGGAAACACGUGGCAGGAAGUUUUUAAAAAGCAACGAUGUGAACAUGCCAGGAAAUGGCGAACAGUCAAUCAACAGCAUCAGUGGUGAAUUUGACCAGAAAUGUAAUCACCUAAAAACCAUGAAAGAACCUUCAACAUCUCCACAUAACCCAGUCGUUAAUAAUUUUAUGGUGGUGUUUGACGUCUCUUUUCAAGGAUCGUCCAACGCAUCAGGUCUCCACCCCGGUCAAACCUCUCGAAGUGAACAACCGACAUCAAGUAACCAAGUACCCUGCCCUCGAAAUAAUACUGGAAGCACUCGAGCCCAGAAGCACCGUCUGUACGGUCAUAGGCGAUCUGCUGUCAUGUUGUUUGUGCUUGUGAGUGCUUUCUUGGUCUUCUGGACACCUAUUCAAUGUAUAAAGGACUUCUAA